AGCUUACACCGAAGAAUCAGUCUUAUAACCUGUCCCUUUUGGUGUGACUCUUCUCUCCCAUGUGACGCGAGUGUUCCCUAUGGUCACCAGCGUCACAUAUUUUUGACAGCGACUCUCGAACUUUCUUCGGAACUUUCUCGAACUUCUUCUCUCUAUAAAGUGCCGACUUCUGGGCUCUCCUCAAGACUGAUCAUCUUGGGCUUUCCAACUGUCAACUCUUGCUCUUGCGCUUUCACUCUAAAAACUCAACUCUUCCUAAAACCUCUUUGCUCUUUAAAAAGUUCCACUAUCCGGUAUGGCUGCGUGUUACCCUCUCUGUAACCGUCUUCGCUCUGGUUCAGCCCCCGAGCGUACUUUGCCAAUAAGUGGAAUAAUCCCAGGUGCGUUUCAAACCUCUAGCGCACCGAAUAUUGAUUCUCUUUCUGCAGCGUUGACAUUGUUAACGCUGACGGAUGUGUCUCUGACAUCAUCCUCGCGGACAUCUUCCAAGGUGGUCCCUAGGCUGUUAUACAGCCAGGUUGUAGCUUCGCGUAGCCCCUCCCUUGAGCCAGUUGCUCGGGAGGUAAACCCUGUAUCAGUCAGUCCUGAUGAUGCAGUGGACCGUCAGCAUCAGACUGAUGCUGAUGGUGUUCAUGGCAGUUCUGUUAGCUGCCCGGUGACCCCGACUGUCAAGCCAGAAGAUGACGGUCAAGGUCCUUGGAUAUCGGUAUCGCACAAAUGUGGUCACAGCAAGUCACCACGUAUGAAUGAUCGACAGGCGGCUCCCUCUAGUGCACAAGGGGAGCGACAAGCCUCUCUUACGGACUCUCAAUAUCAGACGGUCCAAGCAGCCGAGGUGCGGCUGACUCCCGCGGAACAAGACCUUGUCCAAUGUCGGAUGAGUGUUGUACACGAUGACGGCAGGGCCCAUCGCCAUCCUCGUUCACCUGACGUCUUCGAGGAGCAUCUGAAAAAACUUUUUGCUAUAUAGCAGCAUAGGCUUCUAUAUAGUACUAUAUAGCCAUAGGGCAAUAUAUGUACUCUACAUAGCAACUAUAGCUACUAUCU